AUGGAAACUUUUAACGGAAGAAUCAAAACUAUUAACGAUGCGUUAAUAAUCUUUGAAGCAUGUCAUCAAGGAGUUAUUCAAAGAACUGCUCGUCGUUUAUUAGAAAAAGAAAAAGAAGAGUUAUGUGGUGGGAAAGUUUAUGUUUUUGACGAGAAAGAAUCCGGGAUUAAAAGAUGGACAGAUGGAAGAUUAUGGUCACCAAGUCGUAUUAUAAAAGAUUUCUUGGUGUAUCGAGAAUUAUCAACACGUGAUAGGAAUAUUAAAAGACACGAACCAAUCGAUGAAGUUUUACAAGCUCGUAUCGAAGCUGAAGGUCUAAAAGUUCAUCAAUGUAGCAAAGGAACUUUUAUACUAAGAAAUAACGGUCUACUAAAAAAAACUAUUUCGAUAAAAUUCAAUGGAUCUUAUCAACAUAUGAUUAUUUAUGAAGAUAAUCGAGGUCGCGAAGAAUCAUUAUUGCCACCAAAAGCAUUCGAAGAGUUACGUUAUAUUCAACCAAGCGAAGAUAUUAUUAAAAGUGAAAAAAUGCCUAAAAUUAUUAGAAACUCUGCUCGUAAAAAAGUUAUUAGCAAAAAACGACUAGAUGGUGAUAAUGGUAAAACUCAAUAUGAUUCAUUUAUUGAUUAUUCGAGAUUCUAG